UUUCUGUAAACCGGAAAAGGCUUUUCUCACACACACACACUCUCUCUCACUGCGAGUGUAUGUUAAUUGUGAAGCCUACAGGAAUGGCAGCACGAACUAAGGACCAGAGACAUGCGAAGAUGGCUUUAGUCCAUCCGGAAUUUUAAAGGGGGUGGAGAAGACUCGAUUCCAUUCCCCUUGUGUAGUAAGUAAUAUUGAGAGAGAAAAAGAAAGAGAGAGAAAGACGCAAGGUUGAAUCCAGAAUGAUUUCUUUGCUUGGUGAACCAUUCCAGAAGUAAGCUUCACCUGCACCGGACGUCAGGAUGUCUCAGCCCACAAGCAGUAAGGAGCAUUGGAGACCCUGGGAGUUUUCCGGGAUCAGCCGACAGGAGUUGGCCCUGGCGGAAGCUCUUCAGGUGGAGUACGACGCUCUGUCAAGACUCCGGCAGGGCAGCACCACAGCAAGGGAUGACGGCAAGCAAAAGCCCAAACACAUCAACAGCCUGCAGCUGAUUUCCUUUGAAGAGCCUUUGUUGGAAUACAGCCAAAUGAGAAAUGACUGCAACGUCAUUAAAGGAUCCCACGGCCUGUCGGGGUCGGACCCUGGUCUGAAUUAUAACAAAGGUUGCCCGUUGCCAAACGAAGGCAUUGCUUGUUCUUCUACCUCAGUUCCUGGGCCACCAGAUCAAUGCCAAGAGGACCAUUCACUGUGGAAGGGUGUGUCUCCGGCGACCACUGCCACAACCACCAGCAACUCCUCCAACAGUGACUCGACUCACCAACCCGUGGGUACAAACCUCCUCACCAGCGAGGGGACAACUUACCAGCAAGGAGAUUGUUCCAUCAUUGAGCAUGUUCCACCAGUCCCACCACGGGCUCCUCUUGGCCCGGGUCGAAAUGCCACCGUAACGGAUCAUUGGCACAAGGGGUUACCCAGUGAGGGUAUUGAGAAAUUGAACCCGCCGAAUGAUAUCAAUCUCUUCUCUCCCACCAGCGACGAUUCAAAUGGGAAAAUUGUCGAACCUCCAACGAUUUACACUGGCCAAAAGUUUCCCGAUGACGAUUUUGGAUUGAUUGACUACGACGACUUGAAUGACGCCAUAACAAAACUGAAUUUAAUGUCCACCUAUGGGGAGGGUUCAAAACUUAUACAAGUGGGGAGCAUUGGCCCUAAUUCUGCCUUCAAAGGAAAAGACAGAAAGGGGGAGAAGUCGGGAAAGCCUGUCAGUAGAAGUAAGACUCUUCCACCUCAGGUCCCUCCAAGGACCUAUGUGUCCAGAUGUGGGAACCAAAACAACACUGUACACCAGGCCAAAAACCAAAGAGUCUCCGUCAAUCCGAGCUCCCUUUACGAUCCCUACGAGUCGGAAAAUUACGAGCUACUAGAAGUCUCGGAAGAGAGGAAUGAAGAGGUCGCAGCAUUCUGUCACAUGCUGGAUGUGCUUCGAGGUGGCUACACGUGUGAAAGCGGGGAUAACGUGGGAUUAAUCUGGAGCCCAGUUGUCAUCCGGAAUGACCAACAUGGAGAUGGUAUCAGUGUGAAGGUUACUGUGUCUGCGGCCAGUCUUUCAGAGCCUCUAACAUUCACGUGUGAUGGGGGCUCCACGGUGGACCUGAUCAUCUAUCAAACUCUCUGUUAUAUUUAUGACAAUCUCGCAACCAUCAACGUUGACAAUUUUAUCUUGAAGAUCUGCGGACUGGAAGAAUUUUUACUAAACAAACACACAAUCGGGAGUCACAUAUACGUCCAAUUUUGCCGCAAGUUCGAUGUGGACAUUAAGCUUUGCUUGAUGGAGCUGAAGGCAGUCAGCAAGGACCUCGUACGCAUUGCCAGUGAUGACAAAAGUCCAUCAACUCUUAAUCACUGCAUACACCUACAAGAAAGACCCUUAAAGCAGACCAUAACCAGGCAAGCUCUGACUCUUCUCUUCAACACCUACCAGAAUGAGUUGGAUAGUUUUCUGCUGGCAGAGGCUGAACAUUCACAGCAAGCCGAAAGGGUGGUGCAGUCCGUGAUGGCAAUCUGCAAUGCACUGGCCUCGAUUGAAACACAAGAGAUAACCAAUGCUUUGAACCAGUUGCCGCCCUGCCCCUCCAGACUGCAUCCCAGGAUACAGAAGGAUCCUUGCAUGUUGGCAAGAAAAGAGACGCGAGCUUCCAUCGGGGAAGCAUUAACAGCAGCCAUCCUGGACCUGGUGGAACUCUACUGCAACAGCUUCAACGCUGACUUCCACACGGCGACUCCCAGCCGCCAGGAUAACCAAACGCAGAGUGCUCGCCUCAUCGAUAGCCCUCUUACUUUCACCAUCUACGCAGCCCACAGGAUUCCCAUCACGUGGGCAGCGAGUUAUGAGGACUUUUAUCUGUCGUGCGGCCUCACCCACGGGGGGAAGGAGCUCUGUGGUCAACUCCAGACGAAGAAAACUCACACCUACAAGAAUCUCUUCCAUCUCCUCAUCUGGGAUCAGAACAUCCGCUUCCCCAUCAAUAUCAACCAGCUCCCAAGGGAGACGCUCCUGACGUUGACCCUCUUCGCCUUUCCCGUUCCUCCUCCUGGGAGCUCGUCGGAAGCCAGCAAGCAGCGGCGGACACCCGACACCAUGGGAUGGGUGACCAUGCCACUCUUCAACUUCAGGCAUGUGCUGGCAUGUGGCAGAAAGCUGCUUGGACUGUGGCCAUCGUGCCAUCGAACCAGUCUCACCACUCCGACCGACUGCAAUUUCAUUCAACCAGACAGUGUCAUCAUUCAGAUCGAUUACCCGACCUCAGCGUUUGACGUCAAGUUCGUGACACCACCUCCGGCCGAAUUCAGCCCCAAAUACGAGUUCAGCAGCCUGGAUAAUACGUCGAGGAAACACCUGAUGAAAGUGAUGCAGAAGAAGUCGCUCUUCUGGCUGACUGAAGCAGACAAGAAGUUGUUGUGGGAGAAGAGAUACUACUGUCAUUCGGAAUGCAGCUGCCUGCCGAUGGUGCUCGCCAGCGCCCCCAGCUGGGAGUGGACGUCCCUGCCCGACAUCUACACCUUGGUCAGACAAUGGAACUGCCUUGGUCACCUUGACGCAUUAGGGUUGCUCCAUGCUGCGUUUCCUGAUCAGGAGCUUCGUCGCACAGCAGUACAGUGGAUGGACACCGUGUCCACGUCUGAACUCGUGGAUUUUCUUCCUCAGUUAGUACAAGCCCUGAAGUUUGAGUGUUACCUGGACAGCCACCUGGUGCGAUUCCUGCUGCGGAGAGCCAUCUGUGACGUGAAGAUCGCUCAUUGCCUCUACUGGUUGCUGAAGAACGCGUUAAACGACUCUCACUUCAGUGCCCGAUACCAGCACCUGCUCGGGGCCUUGCUGUGCUGUGUGGGGAAGGGCAUGCGGGAGGAGUUUGACAAGCAGACAAAAUUAGUUCAGCUCCUCACCAAAAUAGCGCAGAAGGUCCGAGACACCGCCCAGUCCGCUCGCCAGACUGUUCUACGUGAAAACAUGGAUGUAGUGCAACAAUUCUUCAGCUUUCAGAAUCACUGUCGAUUGCCUCUCAACCCCAGUCUCGUAGCCAAAGGAGUAAAUCUAAAGGCUUGUUCGUUCUUCAAUUCCAAUGCUGUGCCUCUGAAGAUUGCUUUCAUCAAUGUAGACCCUUUGGGGGAUAACCUUAAUGUCAUUUUUAAGAUCGGUGAUGACUUGCGCCAGGACAUGUUGACACUUCAGAUGAUCCACAUCAUGAACAAGAUCUGGAUUCAGGAAGGCUUGGACAUGCGCAUGAUCUUCUUCAAGUGCACGUCGACAGGAUGGGGACGAGGGAUGGUGGAGUUGAUACCACACGCUGAGACCUUGCGGAAGAUCCAGGUGGAGCACGGGGUGACGGGAUCUUUCAAGGACCACCCGCUGGCAGAGUGGUUUCAGAAACACAACCCAAACGAAGAAGAGUAUGAAAAGGCUGUGGAGAAUUUCAUCUACUCCUGUGCAGGUUGCUGUGUGGCCACGUAUGUGCUGGGUAUAUGUGACCGACAUAAUGACAAUAUUAUGCUGAAGACCAGCGGCCACAUGUUCCACAUUGAUUUCGGCAAAUUUCUUGGCCACGCUCAGAUGCUGGGCAACUUCAAGAGAGACAGAGCUCCUUUUGUCUUCACGUCGGACAUGGCCUACGUCAUUAACGGUGGCGACAAGCCUUCCAGCCGGUUCCAUGACUUUGUCGACCUUUGCUGCCAGGCGUACAACCUCAUCCGCAAGCACACCGACCUGUUCCUCAACCUCCUGGGACUGAUGCUUUCCUCUGGAAUUCCGGAGUUGUCCGAUAUCCAGGACCUGAAAUAUGUCUAUGAUACUCUACGCCCGCAGGAGUCUGAAGCUGAUGCCACUACCUACUUCACACGGCUAAUUGAGUCGAGUCUGGGCAGUGUGGCAACCAAGCUCAACUUCUUCCUGCACAACCUGGCUCAGAUGAAGUUCGCAGGGACUGACGACCACCCGACCCUCUCCUACGCUCCCAAAACCUUCACCGUGAAGACAGACGGCAAAAUCAAGGAGGUGUUCGUGUGUCAACAUCAAAAGAUAUUUAACCCCACGAAAGGAUAUGCUUACGUUGUGAAAGUGGAGCGAGAUGGUGCACACGACACUUCAUUCAUACUGAGAUCCUUUGAAGAAUUUUACGAGCUUCACAAUAAACUCCGCCUCAUUUUCCCAUCGACUAAUCUGCCAAGUUUCCCGAGCAGGUUUGUGCUUGGCCGAGGUGCGGUGACAGCAGACAGGCGCAAGGAGGAAUUGGACGGUUACAUCUGGCACCUGAUCCACUCUCCCCCCGAAGUAGCUGAGAGUGAUCUGGUGUACACCUUCUUCCACCCGCUCCCGAGGGAUGACAAGUCCAUAAUUGGAAGCACGUUGCCAAAGCCAACAGAUGGGCCCCAAUCGCCGCCUCUGGGCAAGGUCGGGGGAGAGGUGAAGCUGUCCAUCUCGUACAAGAAUGAUAAGCUUUUUAUCAUGGUCAUGCACAUACGAGGCUUGAUUUUGCAGGAUGGGACUGAUCCAGAUCCUUAUGUCAAAACCUACUUGCUGCCCGAUCCACAGAAAACAAGCAAGCGGAAGACCAAAAUGGCACGGAAGACAUGUAACCCAACGUACAAUGAAAUGUUGGUGUACGACGGCAUCCCCAAGGGCGACGUGCAGCAGCGGAUUAUCCACUUGCGCGUUCUGAGCGAGGAAGCUUUCCGGGAGAACAUCAUGCUCGGGGAGGUGCACAUUAACCUCAAGGACUUUGAUCUCAACGAGAAAGUCGUUGGUUGGUAUCACCUGGGAUCCACCCAUCCUCAGUGCACUUCGAUCUGAGUAUUCGAAGACUUUGCUCAAGUUCCCCGGUUGGACUUUGCCAAGGUUGGGGCUGGUGGGGGGAGAUGAGGGGGGAGGGAGGGGGGGGGGGGGGGGGGGGAGGGGGGGAGGUUCAGAACAAGGAACGAGCAGUUUGUGUUUUCCCUUCAACUUCACCUGUGAACGGACACGACGAGGUCACGAUAUUUUUGAGCCUCUAUAUUUUGGAAAAUGUAUUGAAGAGACACUGCCCUCGAGCUCGAGGAUUACUGGGCAUGAUGUUGCAUGGGUCAAGAGAUGCAAACAAAUUGCUCCCAAGUUGUGUAUUAUUACACUAUGAAAAUGAAGGUAAAUAUUUGAACCGUUGGUAUGCGUUUAAACUGUACUGUGGGUGACCAUGUCGUAAAGAAGGACUUCAAUUUUUUUUUGUUGCACUAAACACAAACAAGAGGAAGGAUUAAAAAAAAAAAAAAAAAAACCCCUCCUGGAAUUGAUCAAAGUUCACGAGUAGGAAAGUAGCGGGGCAGAGGGAGCUGACGUCGACUCUCUGAAGUCCUGCUACUCCGUUCUGGCCCGCGUCCCGAAGAUGGGAAGAGGAUGGUUCGUAGCCUUUACGUUGGCUUUGAGAUGUGGUUCGAAGCCUCACGAGAGAAACUGUGCGAGAGAUCGUCCACUGUGUGUCCUGCAGCAUCCCCGGGCCAUGAGGGACAGACGUGGACCAUUCAACCUCUAAAGCUGCCUACAUGCCGUCCGACUGUGUAAAAAAACCUGCUUGGCUUGAUACUGGCCUUGGGCAAAAGCUCCAAACAGAUGUAACCCUACUGACUGCCAAUUUUCAGUUCAUAUUCAGUAGCUCUGAAGACAAUGGAACCAACUCUUGGGAGGGAUGCAUAGUGGCAACUCAUGCAAUAAUGCCUAGUUAAUGCUCUGCAUAAUAUGUAUUUUCACUCUAAGGUAGAGGAGACUGCAAGAGGAACUUCCAUUGCUUAGAUGUGCAGGAAGGAACUGCAGAUACUGGUUUAUACCAGCUAAUCACAUUAGGUCUGAAGCAUCAAGUCUUGAAGAUGGUAAGUUGGUAUUGGAUUUAACUUGUCCACUCUUCAUUGUCAGAAAGUCUGCAAACAAUUUAAGGUGAAAUAGAGGUUGCCAGCACUUAAAAGACAAUCUCCCCAAGCCCAAACGAGAAAGGAUCUUCAGAUCACGAUGUGCCAACUGGUUCUACCAUGUGCACAAAGGAGUGAUCAUCUAUCCAAAUGACUUCAUAGCCUGGGUUACUGAAUUUUACUGGGUUGUCGUAAUGCUGGAAGACACGAGACACAAGCCACAAACCUUGGUUACAGCCCGUGACCAGCAUCAACUGAAACCAAAUACUCAACUCAUAAGUUCUCAGGUUCCGAGCCUCUCCUGAUUUAGAAAAAUGUAAAACCAUAGAAAUUUCCAAAUACAUGAGGUCAUUUGGUCCCUUGUGAAAAGUGCUGUCAGGCCUAAUCCUAUCCUUCUGCCUAGCCCCAACUACACACUAGAAAUAGUGCAGUUCUACUGGUUCUACACAAGAGUGACACGGUGGGGCAGCGGGAAGAGUUGCUGCCUUACAGCGCCAGAGACCCGGGUUCGAUCCUGACCGCGGGUGCUGUGCGUACGGACUUUGUAUGUUCGAACCGUGAUCUUUGUGAGUUUUCUCCGGGAGCUCUGGUUUUCUCCCACACUCCAAAGACGUACAGGUUUAUAGGCUAAUUGGCUUGGUAAAAUUGUAAUUUGUCCCUAGUGUGUAGGAUAGUGUUAGUGUGUGGUCGGCGCGGAUUUGUUGGGCCGAAUGGCCUAUUUCCGCGCUGUAUCUCUGAUCUAAAACUAAACUAUUGGUGUCAUUCUACACUGUAGGCCUCAGUGUGGUAUUGUCUGCACAGAACUACGAUAGGUUCUGUACAGAACAAACCACAUUUAGUUGUGUUAUUUGCAGGCUCUGGCUGUUUCAGUGCACAUCCAAGUGUUUUAUAAACGUGUAGGAAGGAACUGCAGAUGCUAGUUUACACCGAAAAUAGACACAAAAUGCUGGAGUAACCCAGCGGGUCAGGCAGAAAAGGAUAGGUGACAUUUCAGGUCGAUACCACUCAUCAGACUAGGUGACGUUUUUCGGGUCUAGUGAAGGGUCUUGACCCGAAAUGUCACCUAUUCCUUUUCUCCAGAGAUGCUGCCAAACCCGCUGUGUUACUCCAGCAUUUUGUGUCUGUCUUGUCUUAUAAAUGUGCUGAGCGUUUCUGAUUGUGUCAUCCUUCCGGGCAAUGAGGUCCUAACCCCUAUCAACAUCUGCAGGAAAGAAAUUUUCCUUAUCCUCCUGCUAAUCCUUCCACUUCCCUGGAAGAUUUCCUCCUUCUCUAAAGCUAAAAGUUUUUUGUUUUUUUUUAAACAUUGAUAUUGAGUCUUCAGCUUUCUUUGUCUCGUCUCCUCGUACGUUCUCCACAGGCAUUGCGAAGAAACACAACUAGAAGAGCUUCUGAUGGACAGAGGACCAGGACCUCCUCAAACCUCCCCCUUUCUCCCAGUUAAAUCUGCAUUUUCACUCCGCCCAGACUCUUGAAUUUGGAAAAAUGUCUGUCCAUCUCGGUUACUUAAAGUUUUCAUUUGGCUCCGAUCCCCAGUAGGUUUUGGGGGGGGGGGGGACUAUUCCCUAUCACCACCACCCUGUGAGUGCACAGAACACAACGUGUACCAUCGGGAGGAGGUUAGGCCACACCGAGUUCUACUUUAAAUGGAGGGCAGACUUUGCAGUCAAAUCACUUCAGCAUUGGUGGCCUUUUGCUACCAAGUCGUCACACCUCUCUGGUGAUCUCAGAGCUGAUUCCAUUCUUUGGUGGAGGUGGCAGUGGUGGAGGUUGAGGUAUGAGGGGAAGGAAGGGGUUGCAGCAGAACUUCAAGUAUCAAUUGCACUUUACUUUACAAAGCAGCCACCUCCGAUUGCUCCUCUGGCUCCAUUGCUUUGCUGAUAGGAAUCCUGUUGUAGUGCUUGGCAAUACUCCACCAAAGGCAAGGGUGGUCCCUUCUGUGUUGUCAGAUGGGCAGGAGUAAGAGACAUUCAGGGAGAUUGAGAUAAAGUUGCUCUUGCCUCGCCUCUUGAACCAAGCUGAAUGCUACUGAAUUGCCACUUUUUUAAACAGCUCAGUUCUGGAUAAUGAGUAGGACAUUAUUUCUGUGGAAAGGAACUGCAGCUGCAGCUACCGAAGAUAGACACAAAGUGCUGGAGUAACUCAGCGGCUCGGGCACCCAGGGAUGCUGCUUGGCCCGCUGAGUUAUUCCACCGGUUUGUGUCUACCUUCAGCACAUUUGUUUCUGUUGGGAUGAAGAUUCCAACCGGCUAUAAUCCUCACUUCCACCCCUCCUCCCAAAUGUCUACAUCGUUGGCAGCUAAAGAAAAAACUUUGUGAAAUUCCCAAGUCUUGUUUCAGUUUACCUUUGUACAUAAGAAAAAGCACCAUUGACUUCUACUGAAAUGUCCUUUUUUUAUUAACUAAUGGAAGUUAUACUGUAAGAUUUGUUUGCAAAUCUCUUUUGUCUGUAGGUAAUUUACUUUUGAUUGAAUGAUACACAAUGCUGUUGUUGAAUAUUUAAAAAAAAUUAAAAAAGUACCACGCCUUGC